ACAAUAUUCAUCAUGGCUAACUGGAUCCUCGGCACGAAAUUCAACACUGUCUACCCUCACAAGGGGUCUAUCAAAACCUUGUGGGAGUCUCGCUGGAAAUUUGUCUGCCAAAAAUCCGUAUAUCCCUUUCAUGACGGCUGCUAUGAGGACUUUGAACCUAUUUUCCAGAAGCUUAUCUCGGAUGAUAUCAACGACGCAGAAUCCGAUGACUAUACUACAUCCUUUUUCCCCACUGCAUCCUCUCUUGAACGGCUUGCAAUCCAAGCACUCGACGCCGGACAGCGUGAAAAAGUCUCCAAGCUUCUCUGCCGCGCCGCUGCUGUCUACCGAAUCUCACGGUUCCCAUACGUAGACGUCACCCAGCCAAGUUCCCUUAAACGCACAGCCUUCGAGCUACAGAAGGGCGUCUACCAGAAGGCGAUCUCCCUCUGGGAUCUACCCAUGCGGGAGACUAUACUCACCCACACCCACAGGAGCGGGAAUGACGGAUGCCAAUUCCCCAUCUACGUCCGCCUACCUGAUACCGCAGAAAACGCAGGCCCAGUCCCGGUAAUACUGAUCAUGACAGGCCUCGACGGCUACCGCACAGACAACAGCCAGCGCAGCCACGAAAUCACCGCUCGCGGGUGGGCGACGGUGAUUAUGGAAAUCCCAGGCACAGCGGAUUGUCCAGCGGACCCUGCAGAUCCCGAAUCGCCCGAUCGAUUGUGUAACAGCGUGCUGGAAUUUAUCAUGACACAUUCCAGACUGGACGCGGGCAGGGUUGUUGUGUGGGGACUGAGCGCAGGGGGGUUCUAUGCUAUCCGUGCGGCGCAUACGCAUGCGGAUCGGCUGUUUGGUGUCAUUGCACAUGGCCCUGGAUGUCACUUUUUCUUGGAUAAGGAAUGGUUGAGUCGUGUGGAUGAUCAUGAGUAUCCUUUUACGAUAACUACGGCAUGGGCGAUAAAGCAUGGCUACAAAGACGUGGAGGAAUUCAAGGAGCAUGCGCAGAAGAAGUUCUCCCUCGUGGAGACGGGAAUCGUGCACAAGCCUAGCUGCAGAAUGCUCCUGCUGAAUGGUGUGGCGGACGGUGUCACGCCGAUUGAGGACUGUUUGGAAUUGUUCAACUAUGGAACUUCGAAGGAAGGAAGGUUCUUCCCAGGCCUGCCGCAUAUGGGAUAUCCUGACAGCUUGAUGGUGGCAUACAAGUGGCUGGACGAUCUUCUGGGGAAUGUGGCUCCUACCUAUAAUGACAAGCCCACACAGGUGAAAAAACUGCCCAACUAAUAUUUCUGUUCAAGUACUUCUUGAUACUGCUGUACUGCUGGAAUUGCUACAAAUCUGGGUGUAUUUGAUGUAACCAUACUCUCGCUCGUAUAUCGCUAUUGACCAAAGCUAUCCCUUGUAUGUCCUGUAGCCCAGGGUCUAUAUUUCUUUUCCGCAUGGUCCUCAUCAUACAUCGCACUGCUAAUGUCAGACCAUUCACUCA